CCGUAAUAAAUAUGGCACAUAAGGUGCACCCAAAAUUUUCAAUGAACCCACAAUCCCCAGAUAAACCAGCAAAAAAAAUUCAACCAAAAGCAAAGCAAGCGAGUAGAAACAUUCCAAACAGUCCAAGGAUAAUACCACCUGCAUAAUCCUGAAAUAAAUCCAUGAAUAUAUCAUAAUGGUUCGUAGAAGACUUCUAACAAACUCGGCCAAUCAGGCUUCCAUCAACGCCUACCAGCAGUUUUGGCAACAGCAGCACUUUUCCCGAGCACCAUUGGUUGCUGCGAUGCCUGAAUAUUGGCAUUCUGUGUGUAACAAAAUGGGUGGCGCGAUGCCACGAAUGGCGAUAAUUGCCCCACCGGAAGUCAGUAGCCGGAAAUUGAGUCGUCUUCGUCGUCAGUUGAUGAAAGCGCCCAGGGAUACGGUGCCGAUUCAAAGCUUUAUUCCAAACUAUGGACUUCAGCAGCAGCUACCACAAGUGCAAUUUCAAAGAAACUAUCAUCAGAACGCAGGAAAUGGGUCCUAUCCAGGACAAAGUGCUUCCAAUGCAGCACUUCUUAAGCCAGGUUGCAUUUUAGCCGCCUGUCAAAGCCAGUGCUUCAGAAAUGUUUCAGGAGGAGGAGGAGCGGGAAUUCCACCCACAACCACCCAGCAGCAAAAUCUACAUUUAAAUCAAGGCAAUAUAUUCCAUUGUCCAGCAGUAAGUCCCAUGCAAUGGCAACAACAGCAAUAUCAAGUGCAGCAGCAGCACAAGCAAUUCCUGCUAGAGCAGCAGCAGAAUGCUCUUCCUGUUGGUAUCCUAAAGAACUCCUCAAGGAUUGGGAUGAGCCCACAUUUUGGAGGUGAUUUACAGACCUCCAAUUCCCUGAAAACGAAAAGAGUUACGAUCAAAAGUACAACUGCUCCAAAAGCCAAGUAUCAACAGCCCACAGUGGAGCAAAUAAAGAUCAAGCCCGAUGUACCACCUAAGCCAAAUAAGAAGAUCAAGCAAAAUCUGUUGAGGAAAGAACGACAGCAGCUUCAGCAAUUGCAACUGCAACAUGAGCUUAUGAAGCAGCAUCAAACUAUGCAAAAUGAGAAAGAGAAAAUGCAGGAUCAGAAAAAUCUACAGGAGCUACAACAUCAAAAUGAAUUGAAGAAGCAGAGGAAAUAUCAGAAAGUCCACCAGGAACUGGAUCAAUGUAAGAGCUUUAAUUUCGGAAAACUAGCAAACCGUUUGAUAGAAGGCUGUGGCUGGAGUUCUGAUUCAGAAACUCCCAUGUUUGCGGCAGCGAAUGCCAAAAUAAAUUCAUCAAGCCAGCAAAAUAUGCCACCAAUCUUAAGACCAGCUCAGAAAUUAAGGUCUAGAAGCUUCUCCUAUGUAGAAACCAAAGAUUUGCAAACUAAACCAGACAAUUUAGAGCAUAACAGAUUGGGUAAGACAUCUUCGAGACGCUUCUUUGACCGCCAUGUCCGGAAAUGUGAGUUGGGAAACGAAAGCAGUACAAUGACCCUAACUACAGAGCAGCAAAAGUCAAGAACUCAAUUUAACAGUUGCACUUCUCUGACCGACAAAGCCACCAAUACGAAGUCAGAUCCUAUAGAUGACUUUUUAAGAAAGGGACCCCAAAAAGCUGUAUCUGCCACGUCGGCAACUAGUAAGGGAUCAAGAAAACUAAACCUCAAUGAGCUAUUGAGAAAUGAAAAGGUCAAGGGACUGGAGGGCAAUCCAAUGUGGCAUUCCCUCAUGCAACUUGUGGCUCACAUGUGUGAGACGAGGGAAAGUGAAAAGUGCGACAAGGAUCAGAAGAGUCGAUUGAGAGCAGGAUCCGGUUCCGAUGGUCUUCAGAAGCAGUAUUCCGUAUAUCUGAUGGUUACAUCUGACGAGGAGGAUGAAGACAAGUCUUCCGCCAAACCGACAGAUGAGCAGUCAAGUAUUGAUACAAAUGUGGCCAACAAUGAAGGGAUUCGUGGACAAGAUGACUAUGCCAAUCGCUGUUUCAAUGUCUACCAGGCAGAACAUACCAGGUCACUUCGCCGCAGACGGUCACAAAAGAAGUUGAAUCCCCGCUUGCGUGAAUUAUCCAUUCCUUACCCCAGCACGCAGCCUCAGUUGCCAAUGAGAAGACCCCUCCACUGGCCUAAGCCCGAUUUCUCCAAGCCACUAGUUCGAUCGAACCGUACACGCAAUUCAUCUCGUGUUCGUAUCCGCUCCUCAACCAAACAGGCUGUAAAAUUCAGAAGUCAGAAGUUUUUAGGCUCAGCCCUUGAUGAGAAACGCAGCUGGCGGUUGUGGCAGGAUCUUCCGAUGACUGCCAAAGUUUUGAAUAAAGCUUAUAGUCGCAUGCUCAGGAGUGAAGUGUCAAGAACCCAAGAGAUCGGACAAUUCCUUUCAAUGGCUGCUCAAUUUUCUAACAAAUAUCUGACCAUCGAGAAUGCCACCAGUGGAAGGAGCACAUCUACGGACAACAACGACAAUCAUGGAAGUGUUUCGUUCACAGGAUUUGGAUCCAGUUUUGUUGGCUUGACUUUCAUCCCUGAAAGGAGGAAAAGGGUUUGUGGUGGCGACGCCGAAUACUAUCAGCAAAACAACUUACUGCGAAAUCCGUUGGUCGUAAGGAGUGGUGAUUACCCAGAUGACGAUGGAUGCCUUCCCAGCUGUCCAUAUUAUCAGGGAAUGAACCAUUACCAACCGUCCCCAAAUCCAUACCAAAAACAGGAUAACCAGCUUUCUGGAGCAGCCCAGCAUCAACAGGCUUAUUACGAUAGUUGUUAUGCCCCGCAGGCUAGGAGCCAAUCAGCACCCAGGGAUUUAAAUGAAAAUAAUUGUGGUUGCAAUUCUCCGACAGCCAGAAGAGCCUACAGGACAGCCUCGUCUCACUAUAUGGAAUACAAGGAGUUCCAGCAUAGUCCCAAAAGAAAUCCUAUCCCUGACAAACAGCGGUAUAAUAAAUAUCCUCAAGAAUCACAGAGAUCCAGUCGGUUGCAAAAAAAGAGCUCCGAUUGUAGUUGCAGAUCUGCCGAAUCUCAGCAAGAAAGAAAUUGCGUUCAGAGAACUGAACGGAAAAUGUGUUAUGGCUCCGGAUCUUCCGAAUCCCAGCAAGAAAGAAAUCGCGUUCAGAGAACUGAACGGAAAAUGUGUUAUGGCUCCUCACCGGAAAGAACCAACCGGUCAAGUAAAAAGAAGCCCGAAUGUAGCUGUGAUCCUGGAUCCUCACCUGUAAAAUAUCGAACUGAGAGAACUAAUCGGGAGCAGAAAAGGAGUUCUGAGUGCGAAUGUGAUUCUGGAUCCCCACCUGAAAAACGUCGAGCUCAGAGAACUAAUAGGUCACAAAAAAAUAGUUCCGAAUGUAGCUGUGAAUCUGAAUCUUUAGCAGAGAAGCAGCAGGUUCAGAGAAGCAAUCGGUUUCAGAAAAAGACAUCCGAAUGCUGCUGUGGAGGUGCCUCUCAACCAGGAAGACAGCAGUCAGUUCAGCGAAGAAGUGCAUCCGAAAAACGGAAAACCCCUCAGGUAGAUCCAACUUGUUCUGUUCGCUGUCAUGCUCGUUCCCAUGUAAAGGGACCACCACCUCCAACGGCCCCGAAGCGGAAAUGCCCAUGCAGUUCGCCACCACCCACUAGUAGAAAGCCCACACCCAAAUCUCAAUCACCGAGUUCCUCAAAAAGAAGCAAGAGAAGAUGUAGUGUCUGCAAUCGCUGUUCUGAUGAGGAUAGCGAACCCAACGAUUAUAUGGAGAGAAGUCGUUCCCGCACUGAAGCUCUGAGAAAUCCUUUGGUACAAUCUCGCUCCAGUUACGAUUGCAAUGAUAAUCUGUCAAACUAUAGCUACAGUGAUGAGUAUCCUGUCCAACGAAGAAUGAGAUCUUCAAGCCCCAGGAAAACCAAAGCGGAAUGUCGAAGUUGCUCACGUAAAGAACCACCGAUCUGCUCGAACGAAACACUGGUGGAAAAGCCAGUGAAAAGCUAUCGUUUCAAUUGCGCAGAGAAUGGAAAAUGUUCGUCUUGCCGAAAACUGUGCCCCAAAUGCCAUAAGGUGCAACCUCAAAAACCAAAGAGCUCGUCGACCAAGAGAUGUGCUGCAUCUAUCGCGCAGAAGUGCUGUCCCAUGUGCGGCCUUCUACCCAUGAUGCCGAAUAUUUCCAUUCCCAAUGUUAACAGUGGCAACCGCAUUAUCUACAAGACCCUGGGACGAUGUCGACCUAGGAAACUACCCAAGUCCAAAUACGAGUUGACCAUUUGCUGCAAGAAGCGUUGCCAGGGGGGCCGCAAUUCUCACUACAUGACGAGCACUAUUGCCACGAGUCUGAAAAGAAGAGCCAAGACGGCGAUGACUGGUGGUAAUCCGGUGGCGCCAUCACGGAUGUCAGGUCACAGACAGGGUCUGAGACAAUCCCUUUCUCCAGCUCAAAAUGUGACGAGUCACUUACAGCCUGCAGGAUACAUAAAAAGCCAGAGCAGGGCUGGUCAAGCCCAUUUUGAGCCAGCAACUUCUGAUCAACAACGAGAAAGACCAGCUGCUCCACCGCAAUAUAAAAUGCGUUCUCCUUCUGCCAGCCUAGUGCAAAAAUCAGAGAGAAGGGUUCGUGAAAAUGAACCAACACCUUCACCCCCUCCUAAACAAAGAUCUAGAUCUAUAACGCCUGGUGUAGAGGUACGUAGUUCUUCACGACAUCAAGAGUCCAACAGAGUUACUUCCUAUCCCAAGGAUCAGCUGCAAUCUCAGAGAUCUCAGCCGGAUCCACCGCCUUCCUAUAGAUCUCAACCAGAACUAGCAUCAUCUAAAAGAUCUAGACCUGAGCCAGAAAUACCAGCAGCUAACACAGCUCCAGUCUCAUUGGAACCGCAGGUAUCAGAGCCCAUUCGACGUGGAGCUUCCUAUUUGGGCACCGAGGUUAACCCCUUCUACAGAGGUAGCUUCCUAAAAGUGCGUUGCUCACGGGACUCACACCCGAAUCGCUUGAGUCCCAUUCACCAAAGGGGAGAGAAGAUCAUGGAGAUGCCUAAAUUGACCAAAGCUCCAGCAUUAGGCAUACCCUUAAAAUAUACUAGACUGAGUCAACUGCAUGCCUGGGUCUUUGGAGAUCCAUUUGUUAAAGGAAAUGACAAUUUGGGAACAUGGAGUUGGCGGCAAGUUUUCGGACGCAGAAAGAAGAGUUCUGCAGCACCCAAGGGAAAAUCCGUUAAGACGAUUGAAGCCAAGCAAAAAAGAACUAGAGCGGGUAAUGAGAGUCAAACUGAUAUCUCCCAAGAUAGUCAGGACAAAGUGUGCCCUAACGCACGUCCUGCUACUCCAAGAUCAUGUCCUGGUAGCCAGAGUUCACCAGAGAAUAUGUACGUCCUGAAGAACUGCGAUCGGUGUCAGGAUUAUACAGUGACACCUUGUAAUAAUGGCUGCAGGUGUCCUAAGAGGGGAACGCAAUGUGAUGGUCAGUGUGAUAUUCCGCAUCAGGAAAAAUCACAAUUGCCAUCUCAAGAAACUCUCUCAGAAGCAGUGACACCAAGACUAAAGACUGCAAGUCCAUCGAAAUCUUCAUUUGGGUCAAACACAUAUCGUCGGAUGGGUGGCAACUGUCCAAUUUGUCAGCUUUGCGGACAUGGAGAGAUCCAGCAGCCGGGUCAGAGUAUGUGUGCCCAGUGCAAUGAGAAGAUCCAAGCUGCCGUGGAUACUUACUACGUUCAAUGCCAGGGACAAUGCCAACAGACGCCUGGUCAGCCAUGUCCUUAUCAACAGGAUCACUUGCAGGGACAACAGGUUCAACAGGCACAGCCACAGCCACAGCCACAACCACCUGGUCAAUGGCAACAGUUGACUGGCAACCAGCAGCAGCAACAUCAGCCGCAACCGGGUGAUCAACCCUUCAACAUCAUUGUCCUCCAAGAUUGCAACAAUCAUUCGCUAAUCGAUCAGUUAACAACGGCAAUAAGUCGUGGAGGAGGUCAAAUCCAUACACCAACGGGAGCACAGCGAUCUGAGUCCAACUUCUACCCGAACUACCCGAACUAUCCUAGCCAUCGGAAUAGCUACCAGGGUAAUCCUCUAACUGGCUAUAUAGACUACGAGUACUUGGACCCUCGUCGCCCGGGCUAUGACGGUUAUGAACCGGAAAGAGAUGACAGAUAUGACUACGCUUACAACAUGAGUCCUUGGCCAAUGGAUCCCUACUACCCAAGGGAUGGAUAUGAAGAGGAGCGGUAUGACAAUGGCAACUCUUGCAACAGCUACGACUGUCCGGCUAAGAAUGAACUGGAUUCAUUGGGCAGUAAUCAGUAUAAUGCAACGAAUCAAUCACCAGGCAUCGACCAAGCUGAAAGUUGCCCCGACACCUGCACUUGCAAUUGCCAGUUUUGUCGCAAGGCGUUCGAUACUAGGGAAAAGCUGGCUAUGCUAAUUGCCCAAGCCCUCGAGAUUUUCAUUAACAAUAAUAAUUCGAAGCAGAAAAAUCAAGAGGUCCCCAGAAAGCAUAGUGUGCUAGAUCCCAGGACCAAAGAACUUAAGGUCAAACGAAAGAGUAGGAGUUCGGAGUUAAGCGGAAAAAGAUAUUCAAAGCCCAAGAAUGACAGUAAUUUAGGGACUGCAAAGAGCAGUAGAUCCAAAUUUAGUUCACCCUCGACGCCAAUCUCCAAGACGACUUCCUAUCACAGUAACAAGAGUGCCACGAAAUUGAUGAGAAAUGGAUUACACACCUCCUCUAAGGAUACCUCGGUCCAAUCCAUCACCGAUCAGGAUAGUAUAAUAUCUCGUUCCAAGGACCUAACGAAGCCUCCAUUCUUUUUGCCCAAUUGCCAGGAGCACCGCUGCAAGAAGGACUGCAAAGGUGCUUGUUCGCGAUAUCCGCAUGAUUGUUCCAAGGGUUGUAAGUCCAUCUGUCGAGGACCCUGCUCCAAGUCAGGAGGUGGCGAUGGCAGACAUCGCAGCAAGGCAUCCAAAAGCAGUCAGCGACUGGUUAGCCGCUGCUAUCAGUGCAACCAGGGUGAAGGUCGUCAGUGGCGGGAAGUGCCAGAAUGUCCCAAUGGGGAGAAAAGUGGUGGAGCCAAUGGUGCCCCCGGAUGUGCCGGUUGUGGGAAAGGCAAUGAUCGAAGUCUAGGUGGCGACGGUCGGGAAGCCCUUUUAGGACUAAGUCCCAUUGCUCAUUAUCGACCCGGAAUGAUGAAGUUUCCUGUGAACUACCUCCUGCCGCGUACAAAUUACCGACGAAGUCUGGUCCGCACAGCCGCUGGAGUUACCCUGCACCAGAAACCCUAUCUGGAUAAGUCUGAUGCCAAGGAUCUUCCAAACUUUCCUUGCCGGAAGAAAAGUAGCAGUCCAGAUUGCCGAACGCCUGUCAAGAAGUGGCUCUGACCUCCAGAGUGCGUCUCAAGAAGUUAUGCACUAUAGAGUAUCGAAGAUCGAUCAGGAUUAUCUUCGAUCGAUAUAGUACAUAGCCUUGUAGAGUCGCGUAGUGGCUUAUAGUUGAAGUUCUCCAAAUUUUUAAGUAUUAUUUCCAGUAUUCCUAGCAAUCAUACAGUAUUUACUAUUUGCAAUAAACCAGUCAGUAAGCAACCCCAA